AUGGGCCGCAAGCGCCGCCAGCCGUCGCCGCCGCCGCCCCCGCCUCCGGAGGAGGAGUCUUCCGCCGACGAGUCCAGCUCGGCGGAGGAGGAGGAGGAGGAGGAGGAGGAGGCGGAGGCCACCCCCGCGACCCAAAAUUCCCCCAAACCCCCUUCCGCCGCCACGGCCGACGACGCCGAGGCCGACGCCGAUUCGUCGGAUGAAAGUGACGAGGAGUCCUCCGAGUCGGGCAAGAUCGACGCCGAGGCCUUCGAGCUGCGCCAGAUCGCCUCCUCCAAGCUCGAAUCCGACGCCGGUGAGCCCACGCCGCCGGCCAAGGACAAGAAGAAGGGUAAGUCUUUGGCGGAGCCCUCUCCGUCCGGCACGGCCAAGAAGGCAAAGGCCGGGGCGGCGGAGAAGGCACUCUCCGAGCUCACUCCUGCCAGCGAGGGUAAGAAGAAGCACAAGGCCCAGCCGGAGAAGACUGGGCCGUGGACCAAGCUUGAGAAACCCGGACAGCCCAGGCGCUGGACUACUGAGGACGAGAUCAAGAUCCUGGAGGCUCUUGUUCGCCACGUCAAGGCCAAUGGCACCCAGCCGGGCGCUCGUGAGCUUAUUACUGCGGUUGGUGCCAGCCUCGAAAGGAAGAACGUCACCAAGACGGAAAUGUAUGAGAAGGUGCGGAAUAUCAGGCAGCGAUAUGAGAAAGCGGUGAGCACGGGCGCUCUGCCAGAGAAAGAUGAUGACCUCCGCAAGUUCAAGCUCUCGGAGCAAGUGUGGGGAGAGAAUGCAAAGCAGAUCGCUGCAGCCACCAUGGCUCAAAAUGAGGCUGCUUCCUCAAAGAGCAAGAAGAAGGGGCAGACUAGCAAGGAGAAAACAGAGGGCUAUUCAAAGGGUGGUACAGCAAAGGAGACCACUGCUAGCGCCGAUGAAACAGAGGGCUAUUCAAAGAGUGGUACAGCAAAGCAGGCCACCAAAGAGAAGGCAGACGAAGAUAGCAAGGGCGGGUCAUCAAAGAAGGCUAGCACUGCUGAUACUCCUGCUAAGAGUAGAAAGCGGGGAAACCAAAAGGAGGAAUUGGAAGGCGAUGUGAAAACUGGCACUACAAAGGAGACCGUGGAUACUACCGCUCGGAAUGGUGGAACUUCGGUGAGGAGCAAGGGUGUAAAGUCUGACAAAGAGAAAACGGAUGAAGAUGUAGAGAACCCCACGCCAAAGGAGGCUAUGGGUGAUGCUCAAAAUGGUGGCACCCAUGCUCUGUUUAAGAAGGAAGGGGAAACUCAUGAAGAGAAAAUGGACACUGAUGCUAAUGUGAGAGGCAUGCACAAAGGGUUUGAUGAAUUGCAGAAAUUGUACCCCAACCUUACCUCUUAUGUGGAGGACAUCCAGGCCCAACAUCCAUGUGGGGAGACACUGAAGAGAGCAUUUGAGUUCAUGGACGACGAGAAGGCAUGUGCUUUAGAAUCCAAGAUCAAGAAGCAAAGGGUAGCUGAGUUGAGGAUAGGGAUGCGCCGUGCUGACACAAAUAAGGAGGUGACCAACAUAUUCAUAGGACUGCUGGACUAA